AUGUGGAAACAGAUUCUAAGUAAGCUUCCUAAAAAGUCUUCUAAGCACGAACAUCGUGGGCGUGAACACGGUGGUGGUGGCCACCAUUCUUCAUCUCAUGCUUCCAGUGCUUCUACUUCAAAAGGCAGUGAUAAUGGCGGUGGGAAAUCGGGGAAUUCACAGACUAAGAACCCUUUCGUAGGCGGGAAAUCCGCUGCUGCGGCUUCUGACUCGGGUUUUAAAGAUGGGAAUCUAAAGAACAGUGGGAACAAUAAUGGGGUCUUCACUCCUUAUGAAGCAUUGCCGAGUUUUAAAGAUGUUCCAAACACGGAGAAACAGAACUUGUUCAUUAAAAAGUUGAAUUUGUGUCGUGUAGUGUUUGAUUUCACGGAUCCUACGAAGAACAUCAAGGAAAAAGAGAUUAAGAGACAGACAUUGUUGGAGCUUGUGGACUAUGUGACUUCUGCCAGUGGGAAGUUUAGCGAAGUGGGUAUUCAAGAAGUCGUUCGGAUGGUCUCUGCUAAUAUAUUCAGAACACUAAAUCCUCAACCACGUGAAAAUAAAGUUAUUGAUGCCUUAGAUCUGGAGGAGGAAGAGCCUUCGAUGGAUCUUGCGUGGCCUCAUUUGCAGCUUGUGUACGAGCUUUUCUUGAGGUUUGUUGCUUCCCCUGAGACUGACACCAAGUUGGCGAAGAGAUACAUAGACCAAUCUUUUGUACUACGGUUACUGGAUUUAUUUGAUUCUGAGGAUCCUAGAGAAAGAGAUUGUCUGAAAACCAUUCUCCAUCGGAUCUAUGGUAAAUUUAUGGUUCACCGUCCCUUCAUCAGGAAAUCCAUAAAUAAUAUCUUCUAUCGGUUUGUUUUUGAGACAGAGAAACAUAACGGGAUUGCUGAGUUUCUAGAAAUCUUGGGAAGUAUCAUCAAUGGAUUUGCUCUUCCCUUAAAAGACGAGCACAAAGUGUUUCUCGUCCGAGUUUUGAUACCUCUCCACAAACCGAAAUGCUUGCAAAUGUAUCAUCAGCAAUUGUCUUAUUGUAUUACCCAGUUUGUGGAAAAGGAUUGCAAACUUGCUGACACGGUUAUAAGAGGAUUGUUGAAAUACUGGCCCGUGACAAAUAGUUCCAAAGAAGUCAUGUUUCUGAACGAGUUGGAGGAAGUACUCGAAGCAACCCAGCCACCAGAAUUCCAACGGUGCAUGGUACCACUGUUUCGCCAAAUAGCUAGAUGUUUGAACAGUCUGCAUUUUCAGGUUGCAGAGAGAGCUUUAUUCUUAUGGAACAACAAUCACAUUGAGAAUCUGAUAAUGCAGAACCGUAAAGUUAUCCUUCCAAUUAUAUUCCCUGCGUUGGAGAGAAACGCGCAGAAUCAUUGGAACCAAGCUGUUCAUAGCUUGACGCUAAACGUGCGAAAGAUAUUUCACGACCUUGACCCUGAGUUGUUCAAAGAAUGCCUUGCUAAGUUCAAGGAAGAUGAAUCAAAAGUAGCUCAAACCGAAGCAAAACGCGAAGCCACUUGGAAACGUUUGGAAGAACUCGGGGUGCGUAAGGCUUCAUAA